UCCAAAGGCCCCAGCAAGGAUGUGAUUUUCUUCUUUCUUCAAUUCUCUGCUCUCUCUCUCUCUCCCCCUCCCCCCCUCUGCAACUUCUCCAACCGGAUACCUAUUCCUUCCUCUCUCACACACACACACACAGUCACCGCCACGGCCGACGCCAUGUCCGGUGCAACCCCAACUGAUUCCUCCUCCUCGUCGCGACCUGUCGCAGAUCACCACAACCAGCAGCAGCAGCAACCGGUGGCGGCUGCUGCAGCUCCUUUAAGCCGGUACGAGUCGCAGAAACGGCGAGAUUGGAACACCUUUGGGCAGUACUUGAAGAAUCAGUCGCCUCCGGUUGCACUGUCUCAGUGCAACUUCAACCAUGUUCUGGAAUUCCUUCGGUACCUUGACCAAUUCGGGAAGACCAAGGUCCACUCACACGGCUGCAUCUUCUUCGGGCAACCUGACCCGCCGGCACCGUGCACCUGUCCGCUCCGGCAGGCUUGGGGAAGCCUCGAUGCGCUCAUCGGUAGGCUUAGAGCUGCCUACGAAGAGCACGGCGGCUCGCCGGAGACAAACCCUUUUGGGAGCGGCGCAAUCAGAGUGUAUCUGCGUGAAGUGAAGGAGUGUCAAUCAAAGGCAAGAGGGAUUCCGUAUAAGAAGAAAAAGAAGAGAAGAAGCCAACUGAAAGGGACCAACACUGAUCAGACUGCAAGGCCUCUCAAGCAAUUAGCUUCUUGAGAGAGAAUGAAUGCAUGUACGUAAGAACGUGCGGUAUGAAAAGUAAAUGUUAAAGGAGAAGAAAGGAAUUAAUGCAGGGCUUAAUUAGAGCUCGCAUGCAGAUCGAGUUCCAUGUCCGCAAAACUGGUCACAGAAAAUAUGCAGAGCUGUUCGUGUCACCAGUAAUUUACUAGUCUCAGAAUAAUCUUCUCAUGAAAGUAUAUAUAUUAUAUUUGAGACACUGUACAACCUUGUAAGUACCUUGUAAGUUCUCAUUACAUUACAUGUUAGACCUAGAGACUAUAUAUGCUGCAAUAUAUGAUCUGUUUCAUGA